AUGUAAGAUGGAACAGAUCAAGCAAGGCGGUGGGGGCAUUUUUGCCGUCUAGACUUUCCUUGUUACUCAUUUCUUCUCUCCUUUCCAAAAGAGAGACAUUUGCAUCUCUCUCUCUCUCUCUCUCUUUCAUACUUUUAAAAAAAGAAAGGAACUCUGUCUCUUUCUCUCCCUUUAACCCCAUCUCCUCUCUCCCCAAAUUGAUAAGUAUGGAGAGAAAGGUAGCCAUUAUCGGAGCUGGUAUCAGUGGCCUCCUGGCUUGCAAGUACACACUGUCAAAGGGUUUCCAUCCUAUUGUUUUUGAAGCCAAAAGCAACAUUGGAGGAGUAUGGACCAAAACCAUAGAGACCACUAGACUCCAAACUCCAAAAGUACUAUAUCAGUUCUCGGAUUUUCCAUGGCCUUCUUCAGUGACAGAAGACUUUCCUAAACAACAAGAAGUUUUCGACUAUAUUCAAUCAUAUGCUCAUCAUUUUGACUUGCUUAGGCAUAUCAAAUUUAACACCAAAGUUGUCAGCAUUGAGUAUGAAGGCCUAUCUGAGGAAGAGAUACAAUCUUGGACCAUGUGGAGUGGUACGGAUGCGUUUCUCAGUUCCAAAGGGAAAUGGAAGCUUAUGGUAGAAGAUACAAGUAGCCUUUCGACUGAGGAGUACCUAGUGGACUUUGUGAUCCUCUGCAUUGGGCGAUUCAGUGACAUUCCAAACAUUCUAGGAUUCCCUCCAAACCAAGGCCCAGAAGUCUUUCAUGGCAAGGUGAUACACUCCAUGGAAUAUGCAGCCAUGGAUUAUGAAAGUGCAGCUAAGCUUAUCAAAGGGAAGCAAGUCACUGUUGUGGGAUUCCAAAAAUCUGCUUUGGACAUUGCUAUGGAAUGCUCAAUGGCAAAUGGCAUUGAGCAUCCAUGUACUGUAUUAUACAAGACUGAACAUUGGAUUGUUCCUGAUUUCUUUCCUUGGGGUGUGCCUUUACCAUUGUUAUACCUUAAUCGCUUCGCGGAGCUAUUGAUUCACAAGCCUGGUGAAGGUUUUCUUCUAAGUCUCCUGGCAACAAUUCUUUCACCAGUGAGGUGGGCAUUCUCCAAAUUUGUUGAAAGCUACAUAAGAAAGAAGCUUCGGUUGGCAAAGUUAGGAAUGGUACCAAAGCAUAGUUUCCUUCAACAACUCAGUUCUUGUUUAAUCUGCAUAAUGCCAGAAAAAUUCUAUGACAAAGUUGAAGAGGGAAGCAUCAUUUUGAAGAAAGGUACGAACUUCAGCUUCUGCAAAGGAGGUGUUAUGAUUAAUGGUGAGGAGCAACUUCUGAAGACUGAUUUGGUCAUAUUGGCUACUGGGUUCAGGGGUGAUAGAAAGCUCAAAGACAUUUUUGUGUCCCCCACAUUUAAGGACCAUAUGGCUGGGUCCCCUAAUACUACAGUUCCCCUCUACAGGGAAUGCAUUCAUCCACGAAUUCCACAAUUAGCAGUAAUUGGUUUCUCAGAGAGUGUUUCAAAUUUGUACACCUCUGAGAUAAGAUGCCGAUGGCUAGCAGAGCUUCUUGACGGCACAUUCAAAUUGCCCAGCAUUAAAGACAUGGAAAAAAAUGUGGAAAUAUGGGAUAAAUACAUGAAGACAUACUCUGGCCAAUACUACAGGAGAUCCUGCAUUGGUGCUAUUCAAAUAUGGUACAAUGACCAACUGUGCAAAGACAUGGGAUGGAACCCCAAAAGAAAGAAGGGAUUAAUUGCUGAAUUGCUUGAGCCUUAUGGCCCAUUAGAUUAUGUUUCCUCAUAAAGUGGUCACAUUACAUCUUCUAGUUCUGAUUCAUGGCCUUGUGGAUGCAUCAACUACGCUUUGUAUCACUCCCAUUUCACACUAUCAUGUCCAAACUUUCCAAAGAAUGUCCACAAUUUGUGUGCAGUGUGUACAACUGGUGUAAAAUGAGGAAUGUGAAACAAAAAUUUUCCUUGUUUUUA